AUGGGCAUAGAAGACAUAGAGAGAGCGCUUCUGGGCGCAUUGGAAAGUGCAGAGACAGUUUGCACUGUGGAUAUAGAGGGCGACUACACUUCCGUGAUAGGGGCCGUUAAAAGGCUGGAGUCCUUUAACAAAGUGUGCAGCACGCCGGUGCAGCACGACGACGUAUACCCAACAGAAGAAGGCGCUGAGGUGCUGAAGUAUGGGUCUGCCGAGUAUAUAGUGUAUUUAGCUGUUGAGACGCCGCUGAGCAACGAGCAGAUAGAGAGUGCCCUUUCGCAGAAAGACCAGUUUAAAGGCCAGAGCCCAAAAGAAAUCGCAGACUUUGUAAAGAAGGGGAAAAACAAUGGGCUGAAAGCAAAAAUUCUCAGAAUGUGCGAGAACAAGGUGUGCAGAGGCGUGGAUUCGGCAACUGAUGCGACCAGGGAUCUUAUGGGCAGCCUGAAGGCCCUAAAGAAGGAAGAAGUUUCUGAGCUGAAGAAGAGAAAGCUGGUGACCCACAAGAAAAUAACGCACUACACGCUUACCAAAGGCAGCGCAUACGGAGUCAAUGCGGCAUCGGUCAGCGACAUAACAGCAGACAUGCUUGCGAGCAUGGAGGGCCUAAGCCUAAAAAAGUACAACUUUAACAUCAUCACAGCGCCGUCAAAGUAUGCCGGCGCUUUGCACCCGCUCUCUCUGGAAAGGGAAAAGGUGAAGUCGAUUUUCCUGCAGAUGGGGUUUCAGGAAAUGGAUGCAGGAAAGUACGUGGAGUCGUCGUUCUGGAACUUUGACGCACUGUUCCAGCCGCAGAGACACCCCGCCAGGAACGAGCAGGACACGUUUUUCUUGGCGGACCCUGCUGAGUGCGCAGACCCAGAGCCUGCGUAUCUCGAGAGAGUCAGAACCGUCCACACAGUCGGCGGAUACGGGUCUGCAGGGUACAACGCCCCGUGGAGCGUGGAGGAGUCCCGGAAAAACGUUCUGAGAACGCACACAACGGCCGUUACAACUAGGCUGCUGUACAAGCUCGCGCAGGAAAUGCAGGCCAGCGGCUCCGAGAGCGCAAACUACUCCAGGAAGUACUUUUCCAUUGACAGAGUGUUCAGAAAUGAGUCUCUGGACGCCACACACCUGGCAGAGUUUCACCAGGUGGAGGGCAUCAUUAUGGGGAAAGGCUUGACCAUUUCCCACCUGAUGGGGUACAUGGAAGAGUUCUUCAAAAAGCUGGGGAUCAGCAGGAUCAAGUACAAGCCUGCAUACAACCCAUACACCGAGCCUAGCAUGGAGGUGUUUGGCUACCACGAAGAGAUGAAGAGGUGGAUGGAAAUAGGAAACUCGGGAAUAUUUAGGCCCGAGAUGCUUUUGCCGAUGGGGUACCCAGAAGACGUGCGCGUGAUCGGAUGGGGAAUAUCUUUGGAGCGGCCUGUCAUGAUAGGGAGAAAGAUAAACAACAUACGAGACCUUGUGGGGCAUAAGGUGGAUAUGUCUUUCAUCCGAAACGGUCUGGCCGGGUAG